UCUAAGUUUAGUGCUUUCUUUCUUCACCAUUGAAUCAAUUUUUAUCCAUAAUCCACAAAAUAAUUAUUAUUUUCGUUAAUUUCUAAUUAUUUCCUUAACGCGAAACCGGAUUUCACGGACGGUUUGUUUACCGAACCGGGUCUCCGUCUGAGAUUGGUGGGGUCCACCCGACCUGAAUCCCUUAGCCGGAGAUGGAUCUACCUGCUCACCAGCGUCCUUUAUUUUCGGACCGAGUAACCGUCAACGGCACCGUCACGCCGCUCGCUCUUCUCGCCGACGGUAGGCUCUGGUGGUCGGAAGGGAUCCAACGCUGCCUCUCCGUCGAAAAAGAGGUCCUCGGAUUUGUUGCCAGUGGACCCUACAUCAAACUCAAGACGCUCGUGGAGGCUCGCGACGGUUGCUGCACCGCCGGUGCCGCGGGCAGACUUGUGCCGAAUGAUGUUGUUUUUAAACCCUCGUCGGAUGAAACUCAUAGGCUCUGGUGUCAGAAGCUUCGCGAAUUUAUUGAUUCUCUUGGUCGACCUAAGAGGUUGCUUGUUUUUGUGAAUCCGUUUGGUGGGAAGAAAUCUGCUGUGAAGAUUUUUGCUGAACAAGUUAAACCUCUUUUUGAAGAUGCUCAAAUUCAACUCACUAUUCAAGAAACCAAACAUCAGCUACAUGCCAAGGAGAUUGCUUGUUCGCUUGAUAUUAAGAAGUACGAUGGGAUUGUUUGUGUUAGCGGAGAUGGGAUCUUGGUUGAGGUUGUAAAUGGGCUUCUUCAAAGAGAGGAUUGGAAUACAGCAAUAAAGAUGCCCCUUGGAGUAGUUCCUGCAGGUACGGGAAAUGGCAUGGCAAAAUCUCUGCUUGAUUCAGUUGGCGAUCCUUGUGCAAUAUCCAAUGCCGUUCUUGCCAUUAUACGAGGCCAUAAGCGACAGCUUGAUGUGGCUACCAUCACACAAGGAGAAACCAGAUUUUUCAGUAUACUAAUGCUUGCAUGGGGUCUAAUUGCUGAUAUUGACAUCGAGUCUGAAAAGUAUCGGUGGAUGGGAAGUGCCCGUUUGGAUUUUUAUGCUCUCUGUCGAUUAUUCAAUUUGAGGCAAUACAAUGGACGUGUUUCGUUUGUGCCUGCACCUGGGUUUGAGUCUUAUGGGGAGUCUACCAGUUACCCUGCCGAAUCCACUAUCAAAGGCAACAGUAGUGAUCCAAGUGAAGGGGCACAUGUUAAUUUGCAAACACUUCAUUAUCAAGGACCCGAAAUAAACUUGGAAAAUAUGAAUUGGAGAGUAAUAAACGGACCCUUUAUUAGUGUCUGGCUUCACAAUGUACCUUGGGGCGCUGAAGACACAAUGGCAGCUCCUGAUGCAAAGUUCUCUGAUGGUUAUCUGGACCUGAUCAUUACGAAGAAUUGCCCAAAGUUACAUUUGUUGUCAAUGUUGUCAGGGUUAAGUAAUGGAGAACAUGUGAAAUCUCCGUAUGUCACGUACCUGAAGGUGAAAGCUUUCAGUUUGGAACCUGGUUCACGCACCAAGGACCAAGAGAAGGAAGGGAUUAUAGAUUCCGAUGGCGAGGUUUUGGCAAGAGGGAAAGGAACCUACAAGUGUGAGCAGAAGGCUUUGAUGGCCUAUGAUAAAUUGCAGAUAACAGUGGAUAGAGGCUUAGCUACACUUUUUACCCCUUUAUAAUAUUAUUGGUUUAUUUAUUUUCGUGGGCACAUUCCACUCCAUGCAAUACCGUUACCGUUCACAUGGUGGUAUGAACAUAACCUUCCAAAUGUUAUGUUCAUUAUAUACAUAUCUUGUACAACAUCAAAUGUAUUGUAUAGCAAGUUUCCUUUGUAACAUGAAUUUGGCGGGGGUUAAAUUUUUUGAUUAUUAAUAAGGAAAUGAUUUUAUCACUCU